AUGAAAAGACAACUAACAGAAGCAGAGCGUGAGCGGAUUGAGAAAAAUAGGCGGGAAGCUCUCAUGCGUCGUCGACGCGCUAUGGAGUCUGAAAAAAACAACGGAAGUAUGCGUUCGCAAACGAGCAACGCUGUUGUGGAUCAAGGUCAGAGGAGAGAAUUGGCAGGGGCAAAUCGUGAGCGUAUGGAAAGGAAUAGGCAAGAACCUCUUGAUCGUGGACAGCUUUCAACUGGUGUUGCGGGGAAUAGUCAAAGUUUGCCCCAACAGACAAAUACGGCCUUUGGCAAUCGAUGUCAAAGGAAUCUGCCAAGGACUACAUCAGCUUCUUCAGGCCUUUUGUCCCAAAUUCUGCGAGGUAGUGCAUCCAAAAGUACCAACGUGAACACUAACCCUGUAGCACAAAAACGAUCUACACCCAUGCUGACGGCACCUUCGACGACUGCGCAGAAUGUUGUGCGACCAGCGAGGAUGCCUUCGUUUGGAAGAAAGUCCAAACUGCGUGCUGUUUGCGUUCUCGUCAGCAGAGAGGAGUUUGAGGUGCGGGCUAGGUACCAUGAGGGUCUUGUGUUAGUCUUCAAAAGCAUGCCAACUCGCAUCUAUGUACGCAAGGCCUUCGCUAUUGACGAUAUUCAACUGGUUGGUCUCUCCAGUGCAGUCGUGACGGUAUUUAAGGAAAAGAUAGAUUCAGUGAAAUCAACCUCAGGGCAAAAUGAAAUACGUCUGGAAGACUGGAUACCUCGACAUCUUAUUGAUUCUCUGAUGGACUUUCAAAGAGAGGGUGUAAGAUUCGCUUUGAAGCACGAGGGCCGCGUCCUCCUCGCCGACGACAUGGGACUGGGCAAAACAGUGCAGGCACUCGCUGUAGCCGCAGCCUAUCGAUCCGAAUGGCCUCUUCUUGUCGUGGCGCCCUUGUCAUUGCGUUGGGCUUGGCGCGAGGCCGCUUUGCGCUGGCUCGGCCCCCCUCCACUCAGUCUCUCCCGCGCCGAUAUUCACGUCGUCGCCUCACUUACCGAUGCCCUCGACUCCAUCCAGCAUCAACAACACCGCAAACUUGUCACCAUUUUCACCUACGAUCUACUCUCUCGCUAUGCCGAGAGUUUGGGUCGAACGGUUUCAUCGUUCGAGGUUGUCAUUAUGGAUGAAUCACACCAUCUGAAGAACCUCAGAACAUCUCGCACCAAAUCGGCGCUCCCCAUUUUGCAGGCCGCAAAGCGGGUUAUCCUGCUGACGGGCACACCCGCCCUGUCCCGCCCCUUGGAGCUCUACCCGCAGAUUAUUGGCAUUCGACCUAACCUCUUUCGUGGUGGAUUUCACGAAUUCGGUCUGCGCUACUGUGCUGCGAAGGAAAGGACGUGGGGUUGGGACUACUCGGGUUGUUCCAACCUGCAAGAACUUCACAUCCUUCUUCAGGAGACUAUUAUGAUACGUCGUGUGAAGAGCGAGGUUUUGGGGCAGUUGCCUCCCAAAUUCCGCCAGGUUGUGAUCCUUGACCCAGACCUGGUGAAGAAGACUCCUAAUGGGAAGAACCAGCGCCUGGAGAAUUUAGCCUCGCUAGAUUUGAAUGGAGUGGAGAAGCACGGAGAAAUGUUGCGCUUUUUCAUGCAAACCUGUCAAGCCAAGAUUCCGGCUGUGAGUCAGUACAUUACGGACUUGCUUGAGGAAGAUAGGAAAUUUAUUCUCUACGCUCACCAUCAGGAGAUGCUUGACGCCAUAACUCGUGUGAUGGAGUCAAAGGUGUGUUUCGUAUUUUCGAUUCCCUCGGUAUUGUUCACUAUUGCAUACGGCCUCACCACACAUCUCUCUUCACAGCACAUCGAGUAUAUACGCAUCGAUGGCAAGACACCAUCUGAACAGCGUCGUGCCUCCUGCGAGCGCUUUCAGAACCAGUCUGCCUGUAGAGUGGCCCUCCUCUCAAUCACAACAGCGAGCACAGGUUUAAAUUUGACCGCGGCAAAUCUGGUGGUGUUUGCGGAGCUCUUCUGGAACCCCGGAGUGCUGGUUCAAGCCGAGGAUCGAGCACAUCGUAUUGGACAGCAGGAUCCUGUGAACAUCCACUACCUCUUGGCUAGCGGCACAGUUGAUGACCAGCUUUGGGCUCUUGUGAAGAACAAGUUGGAAGUCUUGAGUCAAGUGGGCUUAAAUCAGGAGUCGUUUGACGAUGUCGAUCUCAGUCGGGCUAAGCCCCUAGCGUCUAGUCUGGCCUCAAAAAUCGACCAAUUUUUCACCUCCAUGAACGACUCCACAACUGCUUCGCAGUCGAUAAAGGAGAAUUUGCAGCCAGAAGAGGAAAUUAAGUCGUCAGAUGCUACACCCCAGAAGGAUGAAAAGGCUAGUGAAAAUGAAUUAUCGAGUGCUCAAAAGAAACCUCGGAUUUCCUCCCUCCUUCCGCCUGUUUCAUCGCCACCCUCCUGCGCUGAUGACGGCUGUGGCGGAGGAAGAGGUAGCCAGAUUCUCGUUCCAGACUCACCACUCCUCCUCACUUUGGAGACCACAGAGUCCCUUGAAGACGGCGCAGAUGAGCUUCUGCGCAAUGUCUUAGAGGCAGCUGUCUUGGGUGAAUCCUUUGAAUUAUGA